CCCCGGGGGGGGGAUUUGAACCCCCGACGCGGACCCGCCUGGCACAAACUGGGCGCAGGGUGCGUGGGUCCGCCGGGGCCUAGAGAGCGUCGGGGCUGAUCUCAGUAGAGUUGGACCAGCCUCUCCCGGGCACGAAGUUACUUCUGGAGCCUCCUCCCUCGUCCUGGAAACAAGCCGGGGGCCAGCUAUAUUUUGGAAUCCAGAAUUUUUGCGAUUUGAGGAUCUGUGGGAUUUUGGACUGUGAUGUUUGAUCACACCCACCUAGGACUGUCUAGGAUAAGACAACAGAUAGCUUCGUGUCAGGUCAAACCAGGAAGGAAGAAACUUUCGCUUUUGGAGCUUUUUUUGAUGUUGGAGUGGUGGAUGAGCCUGUGUGGACUUAACUUUCACCUUAGAGGGUCCCGGUGAAGACGGAAAGAGAGAACGUAGGCGAAGGCGCCGCGGCUGCGAGGUGUCAGUCGGUGGGACUCAGUGCAUGACUUCUGUGUGCAGAAGUUAAGACAGACAGGCAGACUCAAGAGCGGAUCCUGUCUGGGCCGCAGGGGCCCGUAGGAAGAGGUGCCCACCCAGGCGGGCACAGCCGCCUCAUGGGAAGCCGGGAUUGGAACUGCGGCCUGGCCCUGGUGCCACGUUGCGUGUUUAUGUCUUGGCACCAUACGAGUGGGUGUUGUGGAAGGCAGGCCUGGCCAUUCUCUCCCCCUGGUGACGACCUCAGGGGCAGUAACAGGCCCUGUGUUUGUGCCAGAGACGGUGUAGGUGUCUCGAUGCUAGGCCAGAUCUCACCAGGCAGUUCCUUCAUCAAGAGCCUCCUCGCUGGGGAGGCAGAGUCCUCGCGUGGUCUCCUGCCUCGAGCACAGCCUGUGCCCCGGGGAGCCUGGCUUGCAGACAACAGCAGUGGUGUCCAUGGGCUCUGGAGACCAUCAGUUCAACCUCGCAGAGAUCCUGUCACAGAACUACAGUGUUCGGGGAGAGUGCGAGGAGGCCUCGAGGUGCCCAGAGAAGCCCAAGGAGGAGCUGGAGAAGGACUUCAUCUCCCAGAGCAACGACAUGCCCUUCGACGAGCUGCUUGCACUCUAUGGCUACGAGGCAUCAGACCCCAUUUCAGACCGGGAGAGUGAGGGUGGUGACGUGGCCCCUGACCUCCCGGACAUGACCCUGGACAAGGAACAAAUAGCAAAGGAUUUGCUUUCAGGGGAAGAAGAGGAAGAGACACAGUCAUCUGCUGACGACCUCACCCCGUCCGUGACCUCCCACGAGGCCUCCGACCUCUUCCCUAACCGGAGUGGAUCUCAUUUCCUGGCUGAUGAAGACAAAGAGCCUGGCUCUUCUGCCUCCUCUGACACCGAGGAGGACUCUCUUCCUGCCAACAAAUGUAAGAAGGAGAUCAUGGUGGGACCUCAGUUCCAAGCUGACCUCAGCAACCUGCACUUGAACCGGCACUGUGAGAAGAUCUACGAGAAUGAAGACCAGCUGCUCUGGGACCCCAGCGUCCUCCCCGAGAGGGAGGUGGAGGAGUUCCUGUACAGGGCGGUGAAGCGGCGUUGGCAGGAGAUGGCUGGGCCCCAGCUCCCGGAGGGAGAAGCCGUGAAAGACAGUGAGCAGGCGCUGUACGAGUUGGUGAAAUGCAACUUCAACGUGGAGGAGGCCCUGCGAAGGCUGCGGUUCAACGUGAAGGUGAUCCGAGAUGGGCUCUGUGCUUGGAGUGAAGAGGAGUGCAGGAACUUUGAGCAUGGCUUCCGCGUGCACGGAAAGAACUUUCACCUGAUCCAGGCCAACAAGGUGCGCACACGGUCUGUGGGUGAGUGUGUUGAGUACUACUACCUGUGGAAGAAGUCGGAGCGCUACGACUACUUCGCCCAGCAGACACGGCUGGGCCGGAGGAAGUACGUCCCGUCCGGAACCACGGACACAGACCAGGACCUGGAUGGCAGCGACCCCGAUGGCCCGGGCCGUCCGCGCCCAGAGCAGGACACCCUGACUGGGAUGCGCACAGACCCACUGAGUGUGGAUGGCACGGCCGGUGGUCUCGGUGAGCCUGCGGUGGCCUCUGAUGGCCUCCCGUCCUCGGAGCCAGGGCCCUGUUCCUUCCAGCAGCUGGACGAGCCCCCCGUUGGACCCCCGUCCCGUCAGCCUCCAGCCCUGGCCGACCCAGCCUCGUACCCGCCAGCUGGCAUCGCUCCGGAGGCAGACGCCAGCCCAAGGCUGGCUGUGGACUUCGCCCUGCCCGAGGAGCUGCCUCUCAUCUCCAGCCGUGUGGACCUGAGCGGGGACCCGGAGGGGACUGUGGCCCCUGCGCAGGUGGCUUUGUCGGUCACCGAGUUUGGACUCAUUGGCAUUGGGGACGUGAACCCCUUCCUGGCCGCCCACCCCACGUGCCCGGCCCCCGGGCUACACUCGGAGCCCCUGUCACACUGUAACGUGAUGACCUGCUGACUCCUGGCCGCGGGCGGCGUAUGCGGCCCAGACUGGACUUGGCACUGCCGCUGGGCCCGCCUCUGUCAGUCUUCCUGACCCCUUCCCCCGCCCCGGGCCUUGGGGUGGCACCUCCUCUGCUUCUGAACACGUCAGGACUGGUGUGAGGUGGCUGGGCCGUGCGCCCUCGCCCCGGCCAUGCAGACUGGACCCAGAGCCACACCCAACGCCGUCAGCGCCCGGCACUGCCACCCGGGUCCAGGCUGCUGCCUGCACGUGGGAUCCGUCAGGCAGCCGUGGACAGAAAAGACCCGGCCUUUGGGACGCGGGGCAGAGCCGGCCGCCUCGUCCCUUCCAGCCCGCAGAGGCGAGGGAAGGUGUCACUGCCCCGGCGGGGAGAUGGGCAGGACGCCCCGCCCCGCACCAGCAGCCUCCGCCGGGGCACCCUCCGCUCCCUGCUUGGCUCUGUCUCUCCACACCUGGCAGGGCCGCGGGCUGCCCCAGCCCUGGGGGUCGUGGGCAGCUGCUACUCAGUGCCAACCCCGUGGGGCACAGAGCCAUAUACCUCGCUGUCCGGCCCCCAGCCCGGCCUCCCCUCCCACCCCAUCGUCUCCACUUCAGGAAAAGCCGCACUUUACACCCCCACCUGCCUCUUCCCCUCCAUCCCUGCUUCCCGAUCCUGAGCGGUUGGGGUGGGGGCCCCUCAGCAACCCCAGGCGUGGGUUUGAGGAGACAGGUGACUUACACCCCCUUUGCUGUCCUGCCCUGGUACCAAGGCAGGGAGCCUCGAGAGGAGCUGGCCCUGCCGGCCGUGCAGGGGCCGGACUCCAGCCUGUUUCCCAGCCCUGCAGGUCUUCCUUCUGUGGGAAGCUUCCCAGCAAGAUGGCUUGGAGUCCUGGUCCCUCUUCCCCGGCCCCUUGUCUGUUUCUGUUUCUGUUUACACGUUGGUGUGGGGUCCUCCGUGGGCCGCGGCGCGCCCUGUCCCGGGCGUCGUCCAGCCUCCUGUGCUCGAGCCCCUUUCUGAGUUGGACUCGACCAUCCCUCACCCCACCAAGGACCACACUGUGAAGUGAUAACUGCCUUGAACCCCCCCUUGCUGUUUUAUUUAUUAAACUUGAUUUGAAGCCCGG